AUGGCCACCAUCCAAGAGGUACUCGACCAAGUCGCUGCGCUGCCAACUGCAGCCAAGCCUUACAUCAACCCAUACGCUGGCCACCGCGCUCUCUCCGAACACGAACAGGAGCUUCUGGGCGAAUACGCUCGUCUAGCAGACACGAUUCGACGUGUCGCAGCACUGUCAACGCUCCUCUCGUCCUCCUCGGCGCACGCGAGCCUGCUCACCCAACUGCGCGUCCUCGAACGCAAGAUGGGUCUCGUGCUCACGCUCUACAAGGCAUCCGUCUGGGCUACCGUGCAGGAACAGGCCGAGAUGGCCGAGGCAGAGGCUAUGGCUGCGGCAGGCGCAGAGAUGAAUGGGUACAGCAUGGACAUGGGCCUGUACAGCGAUCCGGCUGCUGCCGCCGCGGCGUAUUAUUACAACAACGGCGGGGCGCAGUCAGAGUCCGGCGAGGGAGACGAUACCGUGGUCAUGCGUCAGCCCGAGUACUACUGA